GAGCCGCACACGCGGAAGGAUCUGUGUCCGGGCCCCACCCCCUGGUCCUGUCGUGAGCUGAGGCCGCGCGGGUUCCUGAGGAGCGGCCUGGUUUGCCGGCAUCGCGUGGACCGCUGAGGACGGCUGACGCGGACGCUGCCGGAGUGGAGGCCAGAGUGGGAGUUUUUGUUGUUGAGAGGCCGCCGCGAGGCCCGAGACUAACGUCAGGCCGAGGAGGGUGCCGCGCGGUGGGGUUGGCAAGAUGACCCAGUUCCUGCCGCCCAACCUUCUGGCCCUCUUUGCCCCCCGAGACCCUAUCCCAUACCUGCCACCCCUGGAGAAGCUGCCUCAUGAGAAGCACCAUAACCAGCCUUACUGUGGUAUUGCACCGUAUAUCCGAGAGUUUGAGGACCCUCGAGAUGCCCCUCCUCCAACCAGGGCAGAAACCCGGGAGGAACGCAUGGAAAGAAAGAGACGGGAAAAGAUUGAGAGGCGACAGCAGGAAGUGGAAACAGAGCUGAAAAUGUGGGACCCUCACAAUGAUCCCAACGCUCAGGGUGAUGCCUUCAAGACUCUGUUCGUGGCUAGAGUGAACUAUGACACAACAGAAUCCAAACUUCGGAGAGAGUUUGAGGUGUAUGGACCCAUCAAAAGAAUCCACAUGGUGUACAGUAAGCGCUCCGGAAAGCCCCGUGGCUAUGCCUUCAUCGAGUACGAGCAUGAACGAGACAUGCACUCCGCUUACAAGCACGCAGAUGGCAAGAAGAUAGAUGGCAGAAGGGUCCUUGUGGAUGUGGAGAGGGGCCGGACCGUGAAGGGCUGGAGGCCCCGGCGGCUAGGAGGUGGCCUUGGAGGUACCAGAAGAGGUGGGGCUGAUGUGAAUAUCCGGCAUUCAGGCCGCGAUGACACUUCCCGCUAUGAUGAGAGGCCGGGCCCCUCUCCCCUUCCACACAGAGACCGGGACCGCGAGCGGGAGCGGGAGCGCAGAGAACGGAGCCGAGAGCGAGACAAAGAGCGUGAACGGAGACGCUCCCGCUCCCGGGACCGAAGGAGGCGCUCUCGGAGUCGAGACAAAGACGAGAGGCGACGCUCCAGGGAGAGGAGCAAGGACAAGGACCGAGACCGCAAGAGGCGGAGCAGUCGGAGCCGGGAACGGGCACGCAGGGAGCGGGAACGGAAGGAGGAGCUGCGUGGUGGAGGAGGAGGAGGAGGAGGUGGAGGUGGUGGAGGUGGUGGUGGCGGCGGUGGCGACAUGGCCGAGCCCUCUGAAGCUGGUGAUGCGCCUCCUGAUGAUGGGCCUCCUGGGGAGCUUGGCCCUGAUGGUCCUGAUGGCCCGGAGGAAAAGGGCCGAGAUCGCGACCGGGAUCGACGGCGGAGCCACCGGAGUGAGCGCGAGAGGCGCCGGGACAGAGAUCGGGAUCGGGACCGGGAGCACAAGAGGGGGGAUCGGGGCAGUGAGCGGGGCAGGGAUGAGACCCGGGGUGGGGGUGGCAGUGGUCAGGACAAUGGGCUGGAAGGGCUGGGCAGUGACACCCGAGACAUGUACAUGGAGGCGGAGGGUGGUGACGGGUACAUGGCUCCGGAGAACGGGUACCUGAUGGAGGCAGCUCCCGAGUGAAGAUGCCUCCAGUGCUGUGGACAAGCUCCUAGCCUCUUGCUGUCUGCCUUCCCCAGCCUUUCCACCUUGGCUUGCCCUUUGAGGGUAGAAUUUAUUUGUUCUGGUCCCUUGAAUUUAAAAUAAAAUUAAUUUCCUGUUGA